AAGUACACCGUUAUUAUGAUGUGUAUGUUAUGAUGCACUUUAUCUCCUGCUUUCCUUUCUCUGCGGCUUCAAAUCUAAACGGAAACUAACCUGCUGCUGCGUGUUUACUGUGCGCUGCCACUUCUCUGUCCCCCCCGGGGCUUUUAACACCAAACUGCUGCUGAAAACCAAAAGGCUGCAGCACCUGAAUGAGUCUGUGAGUGUGUGUGAGUGUGUGUGUGUGUGUGUGUGUGUGUGUGUGUGUGUGUGUUUAAACAUGGGGAGGUAUUUCCAGAGUGAGGUCGACAUUAAUAGUCCGUGGUAUCAGGUUCUGGCCGCCUUCUGGCAGCGCUACCCGAACCCAUACAGCACCCAUGUGCUCACCGAGGACGUCCUGUACCGCGAGGUCACCCCUAGCAACCGCCUGUUGUCGCGGCGCCUGCUGACCAAAACCAACCGGUUGCCGGGCUGGGCGGAGCGCGUGUUCCCGGCUCACAUGGCUCGCCGCGUCUACGUGCUGGAGGACUCGGUGGUCGACCCCGAGACACACACACUCACCACGCGCACCUGGAACAUCAACCACAACAAGCUGAUGACGGUGGUCGAGGGCUGUUUGUUUGAGGAAGACUGCAGUCGGCCAUCUUGGACCAAACUGAGGAGGGAGGCCUGGAUCAUCUCCACGGUCCGCGGCCUGGCCCGGCCCAUACAGGAGUUCGGGCUCGCCAGGUUCAGGAGUAACCAGGACAAAGCUGUGAAGGGUCUGGAGCACGCUCUGAACAAGAUACAGACUGAGGACCCUCCUCAUCUCCAUGGCGACCAGGGCGAGUCGUCAGAGAAGCAGAAGCCCCUCCCCCCACAGGCCCCGCCCACUUCUACCCAGAAGCCCAAGCAGUUCGUCUGACCUCUGCAGCAGCACUUCUCAAACUGUUUUCACUUUAAUAUAUGUUAAUAUUUGAAUAUUUUUUAAGUGACGUACCCUGUGAACAGGGUUAGGGUUAACAACAGCGCAAAAUAUUUUGGGUAAAAAAUACUAAAAAGUCUCUAUAAGAGGACCAGUACAGUGCUGGGAGUAACUGAGAAAUAUUUAAAUGCUACAUUAAUUUUAAAUGUUAAGAAUUAAUUCAUUGUUAUAAUUUAAUUAUUUUAGGAUUUAUGUUGUGUACAUAUAUAUAUGUGUGUGUAUAUAUUAUGACGUAUUUAACAUUUGGCAAAAAUCUCAUGUACCCCCUGCAGUACUUCAAAUUACACACACACACACACGUAUAUGUAUGUACACACACGCACAGACACACUCAC